AUGCUGACCGGACUUACCAAGGACAUACGCGACAUUGAUGGGGCACGCAAAACAGCUGUCAUCAGCAGAGAAUUGGUUAGGCUCAAAGUUGAUAUCGCUGCUUUACAGGAAACGCGCAUAGCUGGUUGCGGAAGCCUAACGGAAAAGGAAUACACAUUUUUCUGGCAGGGUAGAGAUGAAGAUGAGCCUAGAGUACAUGGAGUUGGUUUUGCAGUUAGCAACAAGCUAGUACAGAUGGUGGAACCAGGCUCAACCAAGUCUGAGCGCAUCAUGCACAUAAAACUCAAUACCGAUCUAGGUCCCACCAACUUGCUUUCUGUCUACGCUCCAACCCUGACUUCGAGUACCGAUGCCAAGGAUACCUUUUACAGCCAAUUGGAUGAUGCUAUCAAACAUAUCCCAAACAACGAAGUGCUGAUUCUCCUCGGCGAUUUCAACGCUAGAGUGGGCAACGAUCAAGGCUCCUGGCCUGAUUGCCUUGGUCACUUUGGUGUUGGCAAAUGCAAUGAAAAUGGUCAACGCCUUCUGGAGCUUUGCACCUAUCAUCACCUCUGUAUUACAAACACAUUCUUUGGCGUGAAGCUGCACCAUAGGUUCUCGUGGAUGCACCCCAGAUCUAAAAACUGGCACCAACUCGACCUCAUCAUCUCAAGACGGGAACACCUUAAUAACAUUCGUACUACAAGGGCAUACCACAGUGCUGAUUGUGACUCUGAUCACUCCCUUGUCUGCACGAAGAUCCAGUUACGUCCAAAGAAGUUCCAUCGCGUCAAACAAUCUGCUACACUUCGCAUUAAUGCUUCUGCCACUGCCAUCCCUGAAAAUGUCUCUAUUUUCAACGACAUCCUGAGCUCGAAACUCGGAGACUGCCUGGAGCUUAACACAGAGGACCACUGGAGCCAUAUCAAGGACACCACCCUUGCUGCAGCAUUAAAGGCCUUUGGCAAGAAUGUACGCAAAAGCCAGGAUUGA